UUCACAUGUGGGGAGCUGUGGUGCACGCCGCAGCCGUCGUAUCAUUCGUCACUCAACUUGUCGCGGCAAGUGUCUAGCGACCUCCCCACCCCACACCCCCCUACACACACAUCACUACACACCACCACCACCAUCACACCACCACUUACUAACUCCGCAACAAAAGAGGAAGUUGCGAGCGAGUUGCUGGCAAAGACAACACACGUACGCACGCGUCUCUGGCCAGGACUCGUCAGGGGCCGUAAUUACGCCCGUUCACGCUCAAGUGUCAUGGCUCCCGAGCAGACGACCGACCGAGCAGACGACCCGACCCUGACGUGCAACUCGCACCUCUCAAAUUCCGGAUGCAGCUGAAAGCUUUCGCUUCUCGUCCCUUCUUCUUCUCGCGUGAUGCUCCGUGGGACGGCGCAUCCUUCGAGAGACAUGCAUUUGGGGCGAGGGUACAGCUUUAGGAAGUGAAUGCACGCAGCAGGUCUACCAUCGCCAAAGCCGGAUGAUGACGUGGCUACGAAGGAUCCGUAUGCGGUCAAGGACCAAAAACUACUUCCGGUUUGGGAUCCUCACUUACCUGAUCUUCUUGCUGCUGCUGUUUGCGGUAUGGACCUUCAUGCUGCUGGUCCCGGAUGUUGAUCACCUGAGCCAUCUCCACCACAAGGUCUCUCACGGCCACCAUGACGACGACAUCAUCAUUGUCAAAAGAAAUCCCAAGCUUGCGGAGCUGGCGGUCUUCAGGAGACACGAGUACGACAGCAACCACACGCACCCGGUCCUGGAUGAACCACCCGUGGUCAACGGCACCCACAACGCCAGCGGCUGUCCAACGGUUCACGUGGUGGACUUUUUCGGUCAAAGCCUGGCGUUGACGGGGGAACCUCUGUGUCACUGGCUGACCAAGCCGUUCCGGAUGGCGGACAACCACUUCGUGAUGUACGGCAGCGAGAUGGCGCUGUUGUACGACGUCGUGGUGGACCCCUCGCUGAGGGGGUCGGGACCCCAGGGCGGGGAGGAGAUGGAUCAGGUGUGGGGUCAGGAUGAACAAAAGGAGUACCUGAUGAUUCAGUACGGCUUCUUCACCAUGCAGUGCAAAUCCAAGCCCAUGGCCAAGUUUGGGCAGCGUGACCACCUCAACAGCUGGCAGCAAGCCCUGCGGUGUGUGGACGACAUCGCGGCGGUGAAAACGGAGGCAACGGUGGCAGGACUGACCAUCGCCAUCCAGCGCUACGAAUACGUCAACUUCUACCACACCAUGACCGACUACUUCAACGCUUUCCUCGCCAUGCUGGCCUUCAACCAGCACCCGGACGCCGUCACCAUCCUGUGGGUGGACGCGCACCCGCGCGGCGGGCUAGACGAGGUGUGGGAGGUGUUGUUCGGGAAGGUCCUCCGCGCGGGGCGUCUGCCGGGUCCCACCCGCUUCUCGGCCCUGGCCUGGGCUGUGAUGGGCUACAACAGCCCCCUCAGCCAGCAUGGCCGCGAGAGCGUGCCCUACCUGGAGGAGUUCCGCCACUUUUUUCUCAGCCGCCACGGGGUGGACGGCAGCCGCAAACUGAACUGCACCUCCCUCAGCUUUCUGUUCAUCUGGCGGCGGGACUACGUGGCCCACCCGCGCAACAAGGGUGGCAUCGUCAGCCGGAAGAUCUACAACGAAGCCGAGGUGCUGAAGGCCGUGCAAUCAGCCGCCUCACCUGCCGACCGUGUGCGCGGGUUGCAGCUGGACGCCCUGCCCAUGAAGGAGCAGCUGUCCAUCAUCGUAGACACGGAUAUUCUGCUGGGGAUGCACGGAGCGGGACUGUCUCACACCCUCUUCCUGCCACCCCACGGCGCCUUGCUGGAGUUCUUCCCGACCUACUGGUCGCAGGCCAACGUGCACUUCCGCCGUAUGGCCGGCUGGAGGGGCCUGCACUACCAGACCUGGGAGAACAUCGAGUCUGAGAACGAGAAGGACAACAUGAUGACAUUCAUUCCACCGCAGGUGGUCAGCGACAUGGUCCGGUCGGCCAGGAACAGUAUUUGUAGCGGGAGGUAGCUCUUAGCUUGAUGGACCCGGAGGAGUGUGCUUUUGCGCCUGAUGGGAGCAGGACUCUCGUUUUAUCACGUGCCAGUCUCCCGAGAGGUGUCUCCAUCUGUACAUGAAAGUUUUUCCGUGGGGGAUUGGAGGGUAGGGUGGUGGUUCAGCAAAAUAAGGUAAGCAGCACAGCCAUGUUUGCAGACAGAGUGAUGUGAACAACGGAGUUUGCAGCUUACCUGCAGAGAACCGCUUGUACCUGGCGGGACGGCUCUCACGUGACAGCACACGGUUGCCUUAAAGCACACAGGUAUUGCGCGCUUGUCAUCUUUCUUUAGGAGACAGGUAAGAAACAUCUUCACGCUGUUUUCUUCCUGAUGUUGGGAGGAAAGAGGGGUUGCUUUUGCUGCCUUCUUUAAUUACAGUGACUCUUAAAAGAGAUGCGAUUCCAGGUGUCGUCACUGUCGUCGUUGCCUUCGAAUGUUGUGUCGGAAGUGGAACAGCCAAGUCUGAGGCAUUGUGUUGGAGCAUCCCUGAUAUAGAUGAGUCUGAUCGUCGCAAUAAUUGGAUCCCCUUCCCUUCUCCUCCUCACCCCUAACUUCCCAGAGAAGCAUCAGUGAUGGUGGGCCUGGGUAUUGCGUGUGUCUGUGUGCAUGUGUGUGUGAGAGAUAGAGAGAUGUGUCUGUCAUGGCCAGCCUGUCGACUCCUGUGGUUGUGAAGAACUACUGUAGUUGUCUCGGCCAGAGUCUGAGACACUGGUUGUGGCUUGCAGUGUUUAUGUUGUCGAGACUUUCUAUAGUCGUGCUAAGUAAGCUUAGCAAAGGAACUGGUUCCGGAGUUCUUGGCGACUCCUUUCGUCUGUUGAAUACGCACUGUGAUGUUUUGUGUGCGGACCUGGGCAUUUUUCUCUAUUUUAACGGGCUUUAAAAAAGCAUUUCAGGGAAACCCUGUGCGAAGCUGCUGAUAUCUGUGUUCCGACUACUAUUAAAAUAUGUCAGCUCAUGAUUGACCCUCGCCUAUAGAAAGACUUUUUAAACAAAAAGUACGCCGCUGAAGAUGGCGCAAAAUGUUUAUGCUUGUAUGUACAUUAGUGUGUGUGUGUGUGUUUUAGGUACGUAUUACUGUGUGCAUGUACUUUAACUUCUAUGUUACUAGCGGAUAUUGCCUGCAACUUGAAGACUGCUGUCAUGGUUGCACCAAGUUUUGUUGUUACAAGCUGAACAUAGUAUCACAGCUUCGUCUGUCGUUAGAGUGUUCUGAAUACAAAUCGCGUGUUGAGAUUCCCAACACGAGUCACCAGUGUUUGUCCAGAACGGUUUAUUCGCCCAAAAAGUGUCUUCAUAAUAUCAACUUUAACGUUUAUCUUUUUUUUAAAUUUAUUUUUGAAGGCAGGCUAAGUAGGUACCCGACAUUGGAACAGACGUUUGCCUGUUUGAAGCUGGCCGCGGACCGGUAGUUGCCUGGUGUUGGCAACAAUAAUUUAGACGAGAUUAGAGAGCAAGGGUGGUUGUCUGCAGCUAAGCUACUGUAGGGAAUACUUCAGGGCAAAUGCCGUUCGUCUCAAACCCGUUUUCACACAGACGAUAACAACAGAUUCUGCGUGCGAGUUCGGUGGAGAAAAAUGUUGCGAGACUCGCAUCUCGUGACAAGCUGCGCGUGCCGACAUGCAUGCUUCCGUGUGUCUGUGUGUCAGAGAGAAAAGUGAAUUCGCCGUUUCACUAUGGUGAGACCCGUUGCCAUGGUACUCUAUAGCACGCUUGAAUGCACCUGUUUGCAAGCAUCCAUACUUGCCUAACAUCGCCGACCAGUCAGCCAGCCAGCCAGCGUGUUUUCACAAUGGACACAUUUUCUUCUGAUUUUUUUUUUUUUCAAAACCAGGACAGGCUCGCUUAUUUAUUAUUAUUAUUUUUUUUUUAAUGUCCUGUCCGACUCGAGUGCCAAGUGCCUACAAACCUUCAGGCCAAGCAUCUUGUACACUUGAAUGCCUCUCUCCGUCCGGACCUGAUGACACAGCCCAGCACACCCUGGCAGGUUUAGAAACCAUCGAGAACCGUAGGGUCACGGUAACAUGACCUUUUUUUUUUUUUUUAUUUGUGUCUUUCUCGUUAACAUCACAAAUGCCAUCGUUUCGUAAGAGCUAAGGUUUGCUCACCCCACCCCACUCUGCUGCCAGUGGAAGGCAUUCCACCCCAGUUCUGGUUUAUUGAUCACGCGCGUGGCUUCUCUCUCCGCGAAGGCGAUCAAUGACACUUCCCAUGAUGCAGCUCGAUCAUUUGUUGAUUAGGUGUACUGUGACGUCACUAGUUAUUGAUCAGCAGCAGUUGUGUGGUUUCGAUUUUCACGGUAGUGGCGUACCCUGGGUGGGUAGGUACGUGGAUUAGUGUAUGGUUGGCUGGAGAGAGAGAGAGGAAUGGACAACAAGUCUUCGGCGGUAUUGUUAGAGUGUGGGAUGGUGGUGGGGAGAGAUGUGAUUUGGGGGGUGGGGUCAAAUAGCGUGUAAAUAAACAAAAGUCAAAAUAGUGUGGAGGAUAAAUUCCUAAAAUAGAAAGUCAGUUGUCAUUUUGUACAUUCCAUGUCGUCAGAAAAGUUUGUUUCGAUAAGAAAUUCAUCAGAAUAAAUAAAAUAACAGACGUGAUGUAGAGGAUUUGCAAUGGUAAUCGAAGUGGUCAGGUAUGCUAACGAAACUACGUUUGCAUGCGCGAACAAUUAAUUGGAAAAAGGCUGGAAAUCGUAGCAAAUCUUAACGCAACAAAAUGAAAGAAUUAAGCAAUGUUUUUGUUCCCCCAUCCCAACCCUUUUUUGAAAAUUUUUUUUCAGUCGACGCUAACUUAGCAAUAUACACAGAACUUUCACGAUCGUAAUGGAAAAAGAAAGACCUAAAACAUUUUGAAACGCAGAAUUGAGAAAAGUAACAUUUUAUUUUUCUAAAUACCAAAAUGACUAUAUCAAAUCGGAUUUCGGGUCAGACGGAGCGUGACAUGUUAAGAAUUUGUCGGCACUCAUCACCACACGUUCAGUGUGUGCAAAUGUUUACUCCGGGAUUUAGGUUCACGCCCACCGGUGUUUGCAACGCGUUUGUGGAGGGGUACAGUUCAACGGAUGUGCCACGAUGGACUGUCGACUUCCUUUUCAAAAAAGGUUUGAAAGGUGUUUGUCUCAAAACUAUCUAAGGCGUUUUCAAAAUUCCGGCGAUAUUUUAUAUAAUUCAUCUUUUUUAGCAUGAGGUUCAGAGUUUUGCCCAUAUGCUUGAUGUAUGGUAUCCAUAAAAUGCUAGGGGAUUUCAGAUCCCACUUAGAAUUUUUUUUUUUUAAAAUACCUUCUAAAUCCUUGCCGUGAAUUUUUGUGAGCUUUAGCGACUUGUAAAAACGGCACACCUGUGAACAAAUACAUUCCUGAUGUUCAGAAACUUCUUUAGAAAAGCGGUCGUGUUAUUACGCAUGAAGACCUGUGUCACAUUUCUUUGGUAAUCAUAGUAUCCCCUGGUUUAAUUACAAAAUGUUCAUAAGUUUUCACAUCCCUGUUUUUUGGAAUACCCCUAAACCCC